AAUGGAAGAAAGUUUAGGGCCAUAGUGGGUCUGAUGAAGGUCCCUGAGCGCGAGAUAAUGGGUGAUAUUUUACUGCGCGAGAGUGCUGAACCCUCACUUCCUGUUCACGUGAGUAUUGGUAAAUUUGUACGGUUGGACGACGGGCAGUACGUCGAUACGGAGGACCGAGAUAAAGCUGUAAAGAGACGACAGCUUGCGAACGCAAAGGAGAGAUUGAGGGUAAGGAGCCUGAACAGCAUGUUCUCUUACCUUCGCCGUAUCGUGCCAGUGAUGCCACGAGACCGAAAGCCCAGUAAAGUGGACAUGCUUAAGGCUGCAACGGAGUACAUCCGGCUUCUCUCAGCUGUCCUAAAUCACACCUCUACCAGUGGCAAUGGGAAUCCAAAUGUUUUUCUAGAGACUGGGAGCAACUGUUCGAACAGAGAGACUGACUACUCUGAUUUAUGGACCAUGGACGAUGCCCUGGAGCCAAUAUCAAAUCCCUUUCUGUCUGAGGGAGUGAGUGUUGCUGCCCCAGUGGUCACCAUGGCGACAGGAGCUGAUGAUGACUUUGAUCUGAACAAUGUGACCGUACAGUGUGUUGUACCAAUGUACAUUGUUCAGGUUGGCUCAGACCAAACUGUGGUAACUGGCAAACUUCUGUCUUAA